CCGCCGCCGCCGCCGCCGCAGCACCGCACCACCAACUUUUUCAUCGACAACAUCCUGAGGCCGGACUUUGGCUGCAAGAAAGAGCACCUCUUGAUCCUGGGCGGCGGCGCCGGAGGCGGCGGCGGCGGCGGCGGCGGCCGGGACAGAGACCUAGAUCGCGCGGCCAGCUCAGGUAGAGAAAAUGUCAGCCCACUGCUCGGCAGGCCCCUCAACCCGGCCUCCACUCUCCUUAGCGCCGACUCGCCCGGGAACCCCGACAGCUCCUCCACGGCCUCCAAAGCCAGCCCCGCCGCGGCGGCAGCAGCGGUAGGGACGGCCAAGCCCCCCUCCACUACCUCCUCCUCCACCUCCUCCACCUCUUCCACCUCCUCCUCCUCUUCCUCCUCCUCCUCCUCCUGCUCGGAAGGGAGUGGAACUAACCCGGCGAAGUACGGGGAGCCCGCCAACCCGGCCAUCCUCCUCGUGGGCUCCGGGAAUGGAGGAGUGGGGGCCUCCGGCGAGGGUCAACAGCCGCUGGUUUGGCCGGCCUGGGUUUACUGCACUAGGUAUUCAGACAGACCGUCCUCGGGUCCGAGGCGAGGCGGUAGGGGCCGAAAGAAUGAAGAAGAGCAGAAGGGCGUGCGGGGGGCGCGAAGGGGGAAGGGGUGGUGGUGGUGGGAAUGCUCUGUGCAAGGAAGGCCUGGCGUGGCAGAGACCAACAUUCAGGCCCCAGGCCUUGGCUUCGGGGUCUUUUCUUCGUAG